AUGACAACAAUAUUACCUUUCUUUCUCAUCAUCUUCAUCAGCAUUGAUGCUGUAGUAAACAGCCUGGAAGUCACCUGCAAACCUCCGGCCAUCUUCAUCUUCGGCGACUCGUAUGUCGACUCCGGUAACAACAACUACAUAAACACGAGCACUCUCAACCAGGCGAAUUUCCUGCCUUACGGCGAGACCUACUUCAAAAACUCCACCGGAAGAUUCUCAGACGGCCGGAUCAUACCCGAUUUUCUAGCUCAGCUUGCCGGAUUGAAAGAUUUGGUUCCGGUUUAUCUUGAUAAAACUCGAACAAUCGACCAAAAUUACAAUGGAGCCAACUUUGCAUCAGCUGUAGCUGGGGCUUUGCCAACCACUUUCCCAGGCUUUGCAAUUAGUCUCCAAGCACAGCUGCAAAACUACAAAACUGAAGUUGGUGAAUUAAGCAAAAGAUUAGGCCCUAAUGAAGCUCGAAAGGUUUCAUCAACUGCAGUCCACUACAUUACCUUUGGCGCGACUGAUUACAUCAUCCCCUUCGAACUGAAUUCCACCAUUUUCGACCACCGGCAGUACGUGGACAUGGCAAUAUACAAUCAAGGAGGGAGAAAAUUCGUGCUGCAAAACGUGCUAGACUUGGGGUGUUCGCCAGGCCUCAAAAUCUAUAACCUAGAACGUGACGUUGAGUGCCUGAAAAAUGCUUCGGAUUUAGUAUAUCUACACAAUGAAGCUCUCAACAAGUUGGUCUCAGAAAAGGCUCGGCUAGUGAUUCCGAGAUUUUUCUAUUCGACCUACGAACCACUUGCGUGCUGUGGGUCUGGCCAUUUCAAUGGCGAGUUCAGCUGUGGAGGGAAAAGGCCGAUCAAGGAGUUUAGCUUAUGUCCAAAACCGAGUGAAUAUGUCUUUUGGGACUCUUUCCACCUUACCGAGAGUGCGUACGGACAAAUAACAAGUCAAAUUUGGAACCAACCUGAUGGCCGCCUGAAGGGACUUUUCGCGUGCCUCUAG